GCGCUUGGGGCAAUGACGCAGCUCAUGAGGUUCUAACCGAGGCGCGUCUAUUGCUGGUUGAAAACUAUUUCCAAACCCCCUCUUAGGCCUGGGCUUGUCCCUGGCCUUGGAGAAUUUCUGGAAGGGCUCCCUUCGGGGUAAAGCCCUACAAUAUCUAGUAUAAGCCUGAGCUAACGCUAGUGGUAAUAAAAUGGUUCCAAUUAUUCGCGACUUUCCUGGGCCAAAUAAUGUUCUGCAUUGAAUGAUCCACUGGAUGUCCAAAUGGUCUGUUUCCCAUAUAAAUGAAGUCUCAGUUGAAUACUUCUGAUUUUACUAGACAGCUAUUCUAGUCACCAGGGGCGGCGAAGACAGGCCCCAAAAUGCUUUUCAAAGUCAAGCUUACUGAAUACGUUAUUUCAACUCGGCAUACAACGGAUAUAAAGAUGACCCAGUACUACCAGCCAAGUAGAAAGCAAUUUGACCAAAGAUCAACAGACAAGUAAGAGAAAGGUUUGGAGCUUUUUAAAAUAUUUGAUUUGUUAUAAAUCUACGAUGGAGAUGCCUUUUUCAACCCAUCAAAAGCGUACGCUGCUGCACUACAGAACUGGAACCCAAAAAAAGACUAUAUGCCAGAUAUCUUUCAACAGAUGUACGCUAAGAUAUGUUCAGAAAAUCAUCAGAACAAGAAGCGCAAGUGCAUGUCAUCGUUUGGAGAAAGCAAAACCAGAAAGAGCAAAUCAAAACCCCCUUUCAGCUGCAGAGAUGUCAGGCUUCGAAUGACACGAGAGAAAAAGAUAGAGGGUGAAAAGAAAAACCAGUGUAUAAAUAAAUAAUGAACAUAGCCGGUGUAAUUUAAUAACCCCAUUAGGACCUUAUUCUUGAUUGGUUGGCCACUCCAAAUCCCCAGAAAAAGCCGAUUUUGUGUAAUCCUUACUUGCUCAAGCGUCCAAAGACCCCGUUUCUUUAAUUUCACCUUUUUUUUUCUGCCCCUUCCUUAAUUGUAAUCUUAUCAUUCUUCUCUUUGUCAUUAUCCUCCAUAAAGUAGAACUAGUAUUCCCUCUCGCACUUUCUGUUUCUUUCGACUGGUUUCUCCGGUGACCACCAUUAAUGGACAGUGGCAGCAAAACAACUCCGUCUUCCGUGAAAGCCAAGGGUCGAAAUGGGGUUGUUGAGAAGAAAGAGUACCCGGAUUCUCUAACCUCUCAUGAGGAAGUUGUUAAGGACCCGAUCGUUUUCUGGGAUACUCUCAGGCGCUUUCAUUUCAUCAUGGGCACCAAGUUCAUGAUUCCUGUGAUUGGAGGAAAGGAGCUAGAUUUACAUGUUCUGUAUGUAGAAGCCACCAAAAGGGGUGGUUAUGAGAAGGUAGUUUCAGAGAAGAAAUGGAGGGAAGUGGGCAGUGUUUUCAAGUUCUCUCCAACGACGACGAGUGCAUCUUUCGUGCUUAGAAAACACUACUUCAGCCUUCUUUACCAUUACGAACAGGUUCAUUUUUUUAAGAUGAAGGGUCCUCUCAACACUCCUACAGUUGCAUCUCCUGUCAACGACCCUUCAUGCAGGCCUGAACUGGCUCUCGUGGAAUAUUCCCCUCAACCGAUAAGAGAAUCCCCAGAUCCACUUAUUGAAGGAACUUCCUGUUUCUCAGUUACGGGAACGAUCGAAGGGAAGUUCGAUUGUGGUUAUCUGAUAUCUGUGAGGUUGGGUUCCGAGGUUCUUAGUGGAGUGCUUUACCAUCCACAACAGCCAGUUUCUGAAUAUAGCAAUGCCAUUGUCCCAUACAAGCAAGUUCGCAGCGCUCGCCAUUCAAGGAGGAGGAGAAGCAGAAGGGCCGGGGACCCCAGCUAUCCAAAACCGAAUCGGAGUGGUUAUAACUUUUUCUUUGCUGAAAAGCAUUAUAAACUCAAAUCACUGUACCCCAACAGAGAGAGGGAGUUCACUAAAAUGAUAGGAGAGUCUUGGAACAGUCUCAGCCCAGAAGAAAGGAUGUUAUUUUGUGUAGGUGUACCAGAACAUUGGAUUGAAAGACAAGGAAAGAUACAGGAGAGAAUUGAAAGAGUACAAAGAGAGACUGAAGCUGAGGCAGGAGGGUGGGGAAGUUGACAAACCUCAUUACUAAAAGGGCUAUGUAAAUAAUUAUAACAACUGCUUGCUAUAUAUUGGAUGGCUUGCCUCCUAUAGAUGUUUUAGCUUUAUAAAUAAUCUUUUUUAUAUAUAUGGAAGACUUGCAUUCUAAUCUCUACGCUUCUGAUUUGCUGCGUUCAGAAGCGAUGUGGGAUUAAGGAUUUGGUUUAUUUUAUUUAUGCUA